AUGUCAGCAUCGAUGGCCCGGCAAGCAGCGAUGGUGGCUACAGUUCCGUCGGGGCACAUAGAUAGAGUUGUCCAUUCUGUUACCGAUGCCACCAAGAGGCUCUCGCAAAUAUCAGCGAGCACGACGACCACCACCACACAAUCGUCAAAACGACGGUCGCGAGACACCAUUGGGCCGUGGAAACUGGGAAAGACGCUAGGAAAGGGCUCCAGCGGGCGAGUUCGCCUUGCGAAAAACAUGGAAACCGGGAAACUUGCGGCGGUGAAAAUCGUACCCAAAGCAAAGUCGGCCAGGAGCAACGCGCUGCCGUACGGAAUUGAACGAGAGGUCAUCAUCAUGAAGCUGAUCUCGCAUUCAAACGUCAUGGGGCUGUACGAAGUGUGGGAAAACAAAUUCGAGCUGUUCUUGGUGCUGGAAUACGUGGACGGAGGCGAGCUCUUUGACUAUCUUGUUUCUCGCGGCAGACUUCCCGAAAAGGAGGCGAUCCACUACUUCAAACAGAUUAUAGACGGAACGGCAUACUGCCAUGGGUUCAACAUCUGCCAUCGCGACCUGAAGCCUGAGAACCUGCUGCUGGACAAAAGAAACAAGCGCAUCAAGAUCGCUGAUUUUGGAAUGGCCGCGUUGCAAACGUCCAACAGGCUCUUGGAGACCUCCUGUGGCUCGCCGCACUAUGCCUCCCCUGAAAUCGUUAUGGGCAAGUCCUACCACGGCGGGCCCAGUGACGUGUGGUCCUGUGGGAUUAUUCUCUUUGCCCUACUCACGGGGCAUCUGCCUUUCAAUGACGACAACAUCAAACGCUUACUGUUGAAGGUGCAGGCCGGUAGGUUUCAAAUGCCGCAAAGCAUUUCUGCGGAAGCCAAAGAUCUCCUAGCUAAAAUGCUCAUAGUAGACCCGCAAAAGAGAGUAACGAUUCAAGAGAUAUUGGUUCAUCCGUUGAUCACCAAAUAUAGCAGUAAGCGCAGCAAGUCUAACUCAGACUUGCAUCUUUUGAGUCGCACUCGGCCCAAUAUUGUGAUGCCUCUUAGAGAGGAAGACGUGGAUCCCUCGAUACUACAAAACUUGCAAAUUCUAUGGCACAGCGCACCAAAGGAAUUCAUCCUGAGACGGCUUUUAGACCCUGAUCAAACUGAAGAGAAGACUUUUUAUGCUCUGCUACUUGCUUAUCAGCAGCGGCAAUCAAACCAGGGUCAGGAUCCUGUUGGGGUUAACGCCCCAAGAAUAUUACAAAAAUCGCAAUUUAGCGUCCCUUCUAUCAAGUCCCAAACUUCCCCUCACAAGGAGCAUGUCGCGUCGUCUUCUCGUGUCUUCAAAUCUACUUCCAGGUCUUUCAGAAAAAGAAUUCAUGUGUCUUCAUCGAGAAAGUCCUUGGGUAGUUUGGCCUCAAAAGAGUCACUAGCUCCUGUGCCAUUUUCGGCGUCUCGAAAAAGCGUAAAGGUAUCCCCUGGAAAAACGCAACUUCCCUCUAAAAGAUCAUUGUACUCACUUACCUCAAUUUCAAAGCGCUCGGUUAACUUAAAAGAUCAACUCCAUGAAGAUGAGCAACCGCCACUGCCUCAGAGAUCGGAAUUUGAAUCGCUUUGUGAGAAAAUUCUGUUUGGUAAGGACUUAGAAAAUAUUAUUCCAGAGGAAGGCACUAGUACCGCUUCAGAGGCCGACCUAGACAUUGACUCUUCGUUGCAGCAAGAUAUUUCCAGUGCUAACAACAGCGAAAGCGAUGGCGAGCAGGCUUCAUCAUCGCAGGUCGAGAACAAACCUCCCCCAUCGAUUAGCAAGCUCAAACCAACGCAAUCAACUCGGAACCUAAGGAUAACCUCUGCUCCCACGCAUCAGCCUCGUAACAUGACGUCUUUAGAUCCGCGAAGAAACGUCUCUCAACCAAACUCUAUCGAGAUGUUGUUGAACAAAUAUAGCCUACGUGCAAACUUGAUCAAUGAUUCCACAUCCAUUCAUAAGCGAAUUAAUCGCCCUGACCGUAGUCAAGUGCAGUUGCCGGACACGCUCAAGCAUGAGGAACUCACAGGUGAACUUCAUAGCAAUGGUACUGAGCUACCUCCUGUCCGAGAGGAAACUUCCAUUAGCACUUUGAAUGAAUCCGCUUUGAAGAAGGAUCUUUACGGUCAUCACAAUAGUGAUUUACCGGACGAACACAGCGAGACUGCUAGCGUGCGUGCGGAUAUUCCAAGAUUUUCACCAUCCAUUAGGUUCAACAGCUCGACGACUUUCAAAAACCUCAAGCAGUUCAUGUCGGUAGAUGCUGGGACGCAGGGCCAAUCAUCGUCCACAAUGCAGCGUCCGUUAGAAAACUCUAUUGUCCCGGGAAUGUUCUCAGGGAGCCUCAAUGUUUCACGUAAGGCAUCAGCAAAGACUCCAUCUAAAUCGGCUAAUUUUGUUGGACAGCGCUCUCGUAAAAUGAGCUUUGCAAGUAAUAAUGAAGGGCGAUCUGACAUGUUGUCUGAUAUGUCAUUCGCCUUGGAUGUUCCAAUCGAUACCUUCACUGCCCAGGCAUUCCACAUUUCAGAAGAAAACUUUUCGGGCCAAAGCAACAAAACUAAGGGCCCUAUUCUACUCCAGGAAGACCGACUAGACGACGAUAUUAAUGUUUUUGAAGAUGCACCCGAAGACAACGUCUCGGUCUCAACGAAUUCUUCCGGAGUUGAUUCUCAACCUCAUGUACACAGAAAGGCAACUUCGAUAGAUACCCUAAACACCAAUACUCUGGCACCGUCAGCCGACGUUAGAGUUUCGCUUUACGCAAAUAACAUGACAUCCUCCGCAAAGCUACCGCGAGAGACUACGGAGGAAAUACUGUCGAAGUUCAGGCUUUCUCCAGCAAAAUCAUCAGCACCACCUCAGAAGAGAUUUUCUUAUCAAAGAAAGAGAAAUUCCAUCUCCCAGAGCGUUAUGUCCAUGUUCAAGGAUCUUGACGACGAACAAGACGGUAACGAGAACAUGAUGGAAGCAUUUGAUGGAUUGAUCGGUGGCAAUGACUUACCUAGAGAUGCCUCGGGUAGUCUCAACGAGGCCGUGUUAAACAAAGAGCCCAACAAUAAGAAAAGAGUCACAAUGCUCUUUGAUGACGACGCGCCAAACGUAUUCAAACAAUCACCUAUCAAGGUACAUACCAAAGAGAACGUGAAGAAUGCAGGGCCCAAGCAGGCAUCAUCAGUGACACUACCCAUAACUUUUACCAAAAGCAAGCUUGAUACUGUGGCCGAAAAUGAUAUGCCUUCCCCACCUUCUAAACGACCUGAAUCACUCAGACCUGCCCCGCCUCCCCCUUCUACAGUGAAAGAAACCUGGUUCACCAAGUUUUUCCGCUCUUUAAACCCAAAGUAUGUAGGGAAACCAGCACUCGUCGAAGAUCAUUACACACCAGCGCAGUUUGAAGUUGUGCACAUGUUGAUGCUAAAAGAGUUUGGUAAAAACUCUAUCGAUUAUGAACUCAAGCGUCUCGAUAAACGCGGCGACUGCAGCCGUGCUUACUACAACUGCCGAUUUAUCAAGGGCCGGUUCCGCUUCAAAAUUCGCAUUGUUGGAGACAAACGCGGUACUACCAUUCACAUCAAAAAGAAGGGCCAGCAAGAUGCAAAAACCUUCCAGAAAUUCAACGACGAUGUCGCAAAAGUUCUGGCGGCUGUUGAUUAA